UGCCCCUAAGGAGAAGCAUCUUCGGCAAGGCGCGUCUAUCAAUCUGUCACCAAGUUUGGGAAGAGAUCCUUUGUUAGCAACGGAGUUGUAGUAAUGAAGAUGGAUAGUGGAGUCCAAAGAGACAUGGAAGAAGCGGUGCAAGCUCACAAGAAGUCAAGUAAAACGACAAGCACAGACGCUGAAAAUGUUGAUCCUCUUACAACAAACAUCUCAUCUGAGCAAGGAUUUCUACAUUCUCUAUGGUCAGAGAUGAAAGAAAUGGUUCCUAGUCUCCGUUUUGCUAUCUUUUCUUGGGCUGCUCUGACCCAAGGUCGUCACUUGGGACCCGCGAAGAGAGCUGCCACAUUGGGUCUCCAAGCUGGAAACUUUUCAGACACCGAUCAGAAUUAUGUACAAGCACUUUUCACAUUAUUUCCGGAGAUGGUAGAUAUGGCCACCUUCAUUGGGUGUUUUAUUCUAGGGGUGAUCCUGUUCUGGCGUGAGCAUCCUGGAGCACGAUGUUUUCUUAUGCCCUUAAUGAUGGAUGCGCUGCUAUAUUAUUUGGCUGAUCUAGCACGCAAGACUUCUGGGAUUGCGGUAAAUUGCAAGACAUUCAAGAUGCCGGCCAUAUGGUUUGUUGCCGUAGGGGGUGUUUGCGUCUCCUUUGUAAUCUGUUUGAAUAGUUUGGUGGUGCUCCUUUGUAAAUGGCUAUACAAUAACAAGAGAGCACUGACAGUGAGGGAAGAGUGAUCAGUCCAAAUGACAUAACACAUAAUAUAUGAUGACUCAUACAGCUUUCUGUUUGUGUUUAAAAUUUAAAUAAGUGAAAUUGGACUAUGUAAACCUAAGAAUUUGUUCUGUCUUGCUAAAGUUACUCAUGUGUGAUACUUGAUAACAUAAUGGUUUAUGGA